GGUACUGUACAGUAAUGGCGGCGCUGGGAUGUGGGAGAUGUGUCUUCACACGGCUGUUUAACAUGCAAGUGUGUUACAGAGUGGCUGGAUUACACUCGCUCACUAACACACACAACACCGCGCGCUUCUCCCGGUACCUGAGGAAACCGCGCGCCCUGUCUCGUGCGCUGUUUAGUAACACUGACGGAAGUGACGUAGAGUUGACAGCGCGAGAUUCAUAUACACAACAGCUGCAGCAUGGUGGAGCGGUGUUUAACCUCGGCGUGUUGGUGUCUGUCCUGCGGGAGGAGAAUGCAGUGGAUAUCUGUGUGAUCCGAGUCCCAGACCAGCUGAGAUACACUGAUUACUUCAUCAUAGUGAGCGGAUCUUCAACUCGGCACCUGAGAGCCAUGGCACUGUACACCAUUAAAGUGACUGUAAGCAGGGACUCUGGUAAGAAUAGUUCUGACAGCAUAACUAAGAGCGAGAGCCAUUAG